ACCCUCUUAACAGUUAACACCAACCUCCUCCUUUGUCACUGCUUUUUCUUUUUCCUCUUCCGGUAUUUGUACUCGAAGAACAUAAACAGAGGUCCAAGGUUGAACACAGAGAGACUGAUUGAGAUCGAGAGAGAGAGAGAGAGAGAGAUGGGGUUAUCGCAGAAGUGGUUCAAGCUAAUCCGCAAGAAGUUCGGCGGAUCAUCUCAUGGGGGCGCCCUCACCCAUAGCGAUAGCGACCACGGUCCUAUAGAAGAGGCAUUAAUAGCGGAUCGGGUCAGCAGCAACUUGCUGGACCAACAAGCCAUCCUACUAUAUCAACCCGUUGCAUCAAUGCCAGUACGGUUGCGGCGACAUUUCACGGAAGAGGAGCUCGCGGCCAUCAAGAUCCAAUCUUACUUCCGGGGCCAUCUUGCGAGACGGGCAUCCAGAGCGCUGAGGAGCCUCGUGAAGCUGCAAGCGUUGGCUCGGGGCACGUACGUGAGGAGCCAGGCACAAAUAGCUCUGCGGUGCAUGCACGCGCUGGUGCGGUUGCAGGUCCGGGUUCGCACGCGGCAGCUUCUCGGAAUCUGUACCGAUGAAUGAACAAUAUGGCAAUUACUCAGGAUAUGGGACAAUUGCUGUAACAGAGGAUCAUGCUAAGAUGCUGUCUGACAUUGCGAAUAAUGCAGAGGUUUCCGCAUUAGCGUUUUGUCAGCCAGCCCUGAUACUAACUGAUGUCUAUUUUCACAUUUGUUUCGAAAGGCACGACAGUGAGUAACUUUUUUUGCUGAAUAGUUGUUUGAUCAUGUUGAUGUUCAUGUUCCGUAAUUCCGAUUCCUGACCAACAUUUUUUACCAAAGGAUGGAUAGCUUGUUCACAGAAGAGGCUUCUUUUUUCUGAAUAGUUGUUUGAUCGUGUUGAUGCAUAUUUGUAGUAAUUCUG